GCUGAAGAAUAACAAGUUUAUUUCUAUUUCCUUUCAAAUUACUGAAUAUAAAKAAUUUAACUGGAAUUUUACAUCGAUCUAAAUAAAAUGAAGACAAGAUUUACAACACUAGAUGUUUGUGCCUCCGUAACGGAGCUAAGCCAAAGACUUACAGGAAUGAGAGUUAUCAAUGUUUAUGACAUUGACAAUAAAACAUAUCUAAUCAARCUACAAAGACAAGAAGAAAAAGCAAUGCUCUUGAUAGAAUCAGGGAACAGAAUUCAUACUACUGAGUUUGAAUGGCCCAAGAGUUCCUUUCCUUCAGGAUUUGCUAUCAAGCUGCGUAAGCACAUAAAACAGAAGCGUCUUAUUGCGAUGACCCAGCUUGGYGUGGAUAGAAUUGUAGAUCUUCAGUUUGGUUCUGAUGACUAUGAACAUCACUUGAUUGUAGAGYUGUAUGAUAGAGGAAACAUUGUGCUCACAGACAAGAACUACGUCAUUCUGAAUCUACUACGGAAAAGAAUUGAGAAAGCUAAGGAUGACAGUAAAAUGGAUUUGUUUGGAAUUGCUGUUCCUCAAGAUAAUSCAGCAGAYAGUAAACAAACAGAUGAGGACAACAAAGAAAAUAAAACGUCUAGAGGAAAGAAAGGAAAAAAUGAUGUUGCUAAUGAUGAUGUGAAGAUUUCUGUUGGGCAAGUUUAUCCUGUUGACUUGGCUAAAAAGAGAGAACCUUUAGUGUCCUUGGAAAGGUUGAAAGACAUUCUGAAUGAGAUUGUAUCAGCAAAGAAAAAUGAACUCUUAAAGAAAGCUUUGAAUCCAUAUUUUAUAUAUGGUCACAUGAUGCUGCAAAACUGUUUGACCAAAUCAGGAUUUUCAUCCAGUGUGAAAGCAGAUGAUGUUGUUAACACAGAUGAAGUUUUGGCAGAGACACUGAUUGAUCAAGCAUUAUCACAAACAUGCAAAGGUUUUAUUAUACAAAAAGUUGAGAAGAAGCCAUCUGCUGCUUUAAGUAAUGAAAGUGAUGAAGUGAUCACGUUUCAGGAGUUUCAUCCAUUUCUUUUUGCUCAAUAUUCAUCAGGAUCUUUCAGUGAAUUCCCUUCAUUUGAUAAGGCAGUUGAUGAAUUUUUCUCCAAAAUUGAAAGCCAAAAACUUGAUGUGAAGGCAUUGAACCAAGAAAAGUCUGCAUUGAAAAAAGUAGAAAAUGUUAAAUUAGACCAUGAAAAAAGGAUAAAAAAAUUACAAUCAGCUCAGGAAGAUGAUAUGAGAAGAGCAGAGCUGAUUGAGCUAAAUUUACCUCUGAUUGAUCAAGCAAUUCAGAUUGUUAACAGUGCAAUAGCAAAUCAAAUUGACUGGACUGAAAUCAAGAUGAUUGUCAAAGAAGCUCAAAUGCAGGAAAAUCCUGUGGCUUGUGCAAUCAAGGACUUGAAGCUAGAAACAAACCACAUUACGCUUAUGCUAAGAAACCCUUAUGACGAUUCAGAUUCUGAAGAAGAAGAAGAUGAAGAACUUGAUGAAAGGAAGAAAAAAGCUACAAAACCAAGUAAAGGUACCAGAAUCGAUAUAAACUUGGCUUUGUCUGCGUAUGCCAAUGCACAAAGUUAUUAUAAGAAGAAGAAACAGUCAGCUAUCAAAGAACAGAAAACUAUUGACCAUUCUCAUCAGGCUGUCAAAUCUGCUAAAAGAAAAGCACAACAAACAAUCAAGGAAGUGGCAACAACAGCAAGUAUACAGAAAGCAAGGAAAACCUUUUGGUUUGAAAAGUUUCGUUGGUUUAUCAGCUCUGAAAAUUACCUUGUUAUUGGAGGACGAGAUCAGCAGCAGAAUGAACUGAUAGUUAAAAGACAUCUAACACCAGGUGAUAUAUAUGUACAUGCUGAUCUCCAUGGUGCUAGUAGUAUCAUUGUUAAAAACAAACCAGACAAGCAACCCAUUCCACCCAAGACUCUACAAGAAGCAGGUGGUAUGGCUGUGUGCUACAGCUCAGCAUGGGACAGCAAGAUUGUAACGUCAGCAUGGUGGGUCUACCAUGAUCAGGUAUCUAAGACAGCACCUACUGGUGAAUAUCUGACAACUGGUAGUUUUAUGAUUCGUGGUAAAAAGAACUUUCUUCCUCCUACUUAUCUUGUCAUGGGGUUUGGUAUUUUACUUCGCCUGGAGGAUUCUUGCAUCGAGCAUCACUUGAAUGAACGCCGUGUUCGAGGAACUGAUGAUGACACAGAAUCUAUUGCUGAAUCCAUUGCUGAAUCCAUUGUGACAACUGAAGGUGAUGAGGAGUUGCCGUUAGAUGAUAGUGAUGAUGAUGAUGAUAAAGAUGCGCAAGGCAUUGAUGUUAUUCAAGAAGAAGAUGAUAACGAGGAAACACCACUUUAUCCUGACACAAAUAUUGGAUUCAAAGUCGUCAGUGGGAAAAUCCAACUGAACAGAGAGGUCAGUACGUCUAGUAGUGUUCAAGACAAUGAUCCUGAUGAAAUAUUUCUAGGGGAUGAACGCAAAGUUAAUCUUCGAGAAAACAAAGAAAAGGCUUCGCUUGUCAAAGAACAAAAGCAGUCUAGAAGUAAAAAAGACAACAAAGGAAAAGUAAGCAAGGAGAAACUAGAUAACGAUCACCCUAAAGACAAACCUAACCAACAGAAACAACAGCAGCAACAGAAAAGAGGACAGAAGGCAAAGAUGAAUAAAAUCAAAGAGAAGUAUGGCGACCAGGACGAAGAAGAGAGGAAAUUGAGAAUGGAGAUUUUGGCCUCUGCAGGAGAGAAAAAGGAGUCCAAAGCUCAACAGCGAAGAUUAAAGAAACUCAACAAAGGUGAAAAAACAUCACGUCCGGUCAGCGGUAAAAGAAAACCCAGGCCACAAGACACUACUCCGUUACCAUGGGAACAAUCUGAAUUAUCUGCCGAGCCUGGGACGAGUAGUAAACCAGAUAGUAGUGACGUCAUUAGCGAUGAGAUAAUAGAACAAGCAUUAGAUUUAACCGACUUGAAGCAGAAAACUCAAGAGGGUCACCAAGUAGAGGAAGCAAAACCUGGAGAUGAUGAUGAUGAUGAUGAUGAUGAUGAUGAUGAUGAUGAGACCAAUAAUCAAGAAUUCCUCAAGGAUGGCGUAUCGUUGCUGGAUACGUUGACAGGUUGUCCAAGAGAAGAAGAUACCUUGUUGUUUGCUGUACCUGUCUGCGCUCCUUAUUCAGCUGUCAAUACUUACAAGUAUAAAGUUAAAAUGACGCCAGGAACGACAAAGAAAGGCAAAGCCACGAAGACAGCAAUUAGUGCUUUUGUUAACCUUAAAGAAGCAACUCAACGUGAAAAAGACUUGAUAAAGAGUGUAAAGGAUGUAGAUUUAUCCAAGUAUAUUCCUGGCAAAGUGAAGGUUUCCGCACCAAAUCUCUCAAAACUCAAGAAAAAAUAGCAUUCGAUAUACACGACAAAUACACAGAAAUAAAAAAAAAUAUAUGUUACAAACGAUAAUGAAAUAAUAAAAAACGAAACAUGGCAAUAAGUUUCCAUCUACAUUUUAGUUUAUCGUUCGUUAAAACGUUGCCUCGUGCCCAGUGUGCCUCUCUUUUAUCACGAGGGAGCAUGGGAGAUUAGGCGGCACCUUUUUCAGCAUUAGGGAAUACCUAGAAUUCCAAACAACUCAAUUCUGCGUGGGUAGAUAAAAGGGUGUUGUAAUGUCAUUGGUUAGUGUUGUUGUAGUCACAGCCUCAAUACUAUAUACUACAGUAACAAACAAUUUACUGGGUCUAAAAAGAGAAAACCUCAUUUUUAAUGUUGUUUUGGUUUUUCUCACUGUUUCACUUGAAACUGUCAAGAAUCUCAUGCUGUUUGCUGUCGGUAAAUCGACUUGAAAUCAACCAUGAGGUGUCUACUUGGACGGCUGUUUAUAUUCGGGUUUCCUUGAACUGUUUGAAAACAAGUAGAAAAAGGCCUAUUAGUCUACCACCCAUUCCUAACACGUCAUAUCUAUUAUCGAAGUCCUCUGUUUCUUUGUUCUACACUUCUGUCAAACUCUUCAUCUUUUAUCAAAUAAGACGUAAACACAGACAACUCAAAUAAUGAAAAUUAAAGGAAAUCGCUAACAGUCGUAACAUCAAAGCUCAACUGAUAUACGCUGAUUGUACCACUCGAAGCCGAGCGACAAUGUCAGUCCAGUCCUUAUAAUUACUGCAGUUGCCUCCCCUGAAAACCCAUGACAAAAUUAAUUAGAAGCAAGUCACAUCUUAUUCAACAAAGUUUGGAGAACAUUAAAAAAAAUUUUCUAAAGAGACCUUUAUCAAUAUGUAAAACAGCUAAGUACAAAAUCACCAGUGCACUUAAACGUACCCAAAAGUCAAAUUGCAACAUUUGGUCACAAUAGUUCUGAGUUACAUUCAUAACUUGGGCUUCCGACGCAUCAAUUUCUUUUKAUAGUUUUCUUUGAAACCCCAUAUGCGAAAUCCUGUCUGAAAAAGCUUUAUUACAAGUUGAAAAGCUCUUAGUCAAAUAUUCAAGCCAUCAGCUGGUUAGAUGGUAAAGAGGGCGGCUAGUUCCCUCGUCAAGUAGGCUUUCUUCUAAUUGUCGGCUUUGGUUUUAGUCAUUAAUAAAAUGUUCACUUUGAAGUUCUUGUUUUUUGUCCAUGUGCUGUAUUUCUAAAAAAAAAAACUAAAGAAAAAAAAGAAGAAAAACCCAGAAAAGGAAGAAAGAAAGUUCUGACGUUAUUAAAACAACCKAUGUUGAUAAAUGUGAACCAAAUUAAAAUCUCUGAAGCUGUUAUGUGCUAUUCGCCUGAAACUGCCUUGGAUAAGAACGCAUAUUUGUUCAUGUUAUCCGCUGUCUCAACCAAUAAUUAUUCAUAUCGUAUUCAGCCUCAAGUUACUCAUAUCAUACUCAGUCCUAACCAAUAAUUUCAUUUUUUCUGUCUGAUGGAAAUGUCCGCAUGCAGCGACACCAUUUUUACGACACAGCAUGAUGCGCGAUUAUGACGCAGGUUGCACUUUGAAUAGGCAAUAGAAAAUAAAAUAAAACCCUUUUUUAAAUUUUACGUCAUGCAGUUUUUGAGAAAACAUACAAGCGGAUUUGGGGGAAUGUUUUAGUGGGAUUUAAAAGUCUUAGGAUUACUUCCCCCRUCAUGCUGUGCGCUCGUCUCACUGGUUGAAAUCAUCUGCAAAAUUCAUCAUCAAGUUAAACGUCCUCAAGAAAUGUUAUAAACAAGUGUUUGAUGAAUAUAAUCAUUUGAGUAUGAAAUACCAUAAGCAAAAUAUACAAUAAGAAUUUCAUUUCGUCUCAUCAAGAACAUGAAUGAAAAUCAAAGUGUGUUGUAAAGGCGUGUAUUUCUGAUAAACAUCCCCCAUUAGUAGCCGUUCCUUGAUGUACAUUGUGGUGACACGAUUGAUUGUGAUAGUAUGAUUAGAUUCAGGUGUUUUAGAAUAUCUUUAGUAAGAAAGCUGGCACGUUCCUCGUAUCAGAUCAAUCCAGUCACAACGACUACACCUUUUCUUUCUCAAGGGAACAGCGCUAUUGUGUUUACAGUUUUCAACCUCUAUUGAGUAGGUAAACUAUGAAAACAUGUCUUCAUUAUUUACGUGCUAAGUCUUUUACGAAUUAAGUGCAAACAGUUCUUUGCAUACGCUAUUUCAUUUCCUGUCGCUUGUCAGUUUCUCAUCACGUGACGUCAUCUAACCUCGAUUGUGUGCCAUAAGGAGAACGCUGUUUUGUUGCUACCGGCAUAGUUACCUAGUCGCUGCCCUUUGCUAUACUCAUUUAAAAGGACUCCAUCGUCAGUACGGACGACUAGAGCUACGUGUUUACACCAUCCCUCWCAAGACUGCUUUGAUGCUAACAACGAAAAUACAUCGCGCUAGGGACCCAAGGAACAGCUAUCAAAACGGAAGGCGCUGACAUGCACUGACAAACGAAACAAUACAUUUAUUGCAAAAAAAAAGACUCGAAGACGACAGAUAUUAUCUCGAUCUAUUGAAAGAUUACUUGAUUUGGAUGACCUUCGCUUCCACUAAAACGUAAAGACGAUUGUCAUUUUGCACGAUUCAUGAUAUCGUUGUCGUGCGGUUUCUGCAAUUAAUUUCAAGCGUAUAGGAAACUAAGAAAAACUGAAUGGCAGGCAACGUUAGCACUGAAAACAGACGCGUUAUCUUAAUAGUUGGCGUUUUCUUUGGUGUUCUUGCUCUAAUUAUUGUUUUUAUUCUUGUUUGCUGUUUGUGUUGGCGUAGAAAACUCAUCGAAGAAAUACGAGAAAGUCGGCUUGGUGGUGAAUAUGGGAGAGAAUUGUCUGCUGGUGCUACUAUGACAAGUAGAGCUGACUUGAGUUGAUUAAAACGUUCAGAUAUAAUAAAAACAUGAAUUGUGGCUGCACUGCUAAUGACCAACGCGGAUACAGAGGACUGUUCACUGCCAGGGAUUUCAGCCAGAUUAUACUUCUCAGUCAGUUAAAAAACAAAAAACACAAAUAUGAACUAAGUUUUUUUUCAUAUUCAUAAGGCCGACUAUAAAGUAAAUGCAACGAAAUAGCGUCCUGUUGUCUAGGAAGAUGGGAAACUAAAACAGCGUUUGUGUAAACAUAUCAGAGAAGUGAUUAAAACAGCGGCCACUUGG